CAUAUUAGACAUAUAUCCAUCCUGUACUACUACAUACCAUGGUUUUACCCGGUUUGAAACGUAGCAGGCAGGCACACAGCUCCCACAGUAACAAGUCUGCCAUCAGUUGACAGUCAGACCUGUUGGCCACACGGUUGCGCUCACAGACCGCUCGCCCCGUGGCUGUGCUAUUCCUCUGCGCAUGCGUGUUCCGUUGAAGGAGCGGAGACCAUUUCCUCCAGAAGCAGGCCUCGCAGAGCUUCGCCUCACACACGCAAACAUACACACAUAUGCAGACCGAGUACGGACAACCGUCAAAGGAAAGCCACGUUUGGGAUUGUCUAAUCUUAACGCCGCUAAACCUGGAUGCGCCCCGACCGCAGGAGACCUACUAAUGGGCCUUCAUCGCUAAUUUGCUGCUACAUCUGGUCGACACUACAGUGGUAUCUUUUGGAUCAUCUGCUGUUCUUGCUGAUGUCCUAGCCUCUGAGUAGACCACUGGGUCAGCACUGGAGGAAAAUAAAGCCACUCGUCUCAAGUUUCUGCAAAGCUCCGUCUUGAGUCUCCUGGGAACCUCAGAUGGUACUAGCUGAACAGUGACCGCUACUGGCCUGAGGACACUUGCUGCCCAAUUCCCUUCAUCAUGUCUGGGAUGCAUGCACCAUGGUCGACUGGCACAGAGUGUGUAGCCAAGUACAACUUCCAGACUGCCAAUGACCAGGACCUGCCUUUCUGUAAAGGAGAUGUACUGACCAUCAUCGGAGUCACCAGGGAUCCCAACUGGUACAGAGCGAGGAACACAGUGGGAAGAGAGGGCACCAUCCCGGCUAACUAUGUCCAGAAAAGGGAAGGAGUCAAGUCAGGAGGGAAACUCAGUCUUAUGCCCUGGUUUCAUGGGAAGAUAACUCGGGAGCAGGCCGAGCGGCUCCUCUACCCUCCGGAGACGGGCUUGUUCCUGGUGAGGGAGAGCACCAACUAUCCCGGCGAUUACACCCUGUGCGUCAGCUGCGACGGCAAGGUGGAGCACUACCGCAUCAUCUACCACAACGGCAAGCUCACCAUUGACGAGGAAGAGUACUUUGAGAACCUCAUGCAGCUGGUUGAGCAUUACACCAAAGAUGCCGAUGGCCUUUGCACCAGGCUGAUUAAGCCCAAGUUGAUGGAGGGAACAGUAGCAGCGCAAGACGAGUUCUCCAGGAGCGGCUGGGCCUUGAACAGAAAGGAGCUGAAGCUGCUGCAGACCAUUGGCAAAGGGGAGUUUGGAGAUGUGAUGGUAGGAGACUACAGAGGGACCAAGGUGGCGGUCAAGUGUAUCAAAAAUGAUGCCACAGCGCAGGCUUUCAUCGCCGAGGCCUCUGUCAUGACGCAACUGAGGCACAACAACCUGGUGCAGUUGCUAGGGGUAAUUGUCGAGGAGAGGGGCAGUCUCUACAUCGUCACAGAGUACAUGGCUAAGGGCAGCCUAGUGGACUACCUGCGCUCUCGAGGACGAACCGUGCUCGGUGGAGACUGCUUACUCAAGUUCUCACUUGAUGUGUGUGAAGCCAUGGAGUACCUGGAGGCCAACAACUUCGUCCACAGAGACCUGGCAGCUCGUAACGUGCUAGUGUCUGACGACAACAUCGCCAAAGUCAGCGACUUCGGCCUCACCAAGGAGGCCUCCUCCAUACAGGACACUGCCAAGCUGCCCGUCAAAUGGACCUCCCCCGAAGCACUAAGAGAGAAGAGGUUUUCCACCAAGUCCGACGUCUGGAGUUACGGAAUCCUACUUUGGGAGAUCUACUCUUUUGGGCGCGUGCCUUACCCUAGAAUUCCGUUGAAAGAGGUGGUGCCCCGGGUAGAGAAGGGAUACAAGAUGGACGCCCCAGACGGCUGCCCGCCCGUGGUGUACGACCUGAUGAAGCAGUGCUGGACCCUGGACUCGGUGGUGCGGCCCUCCUUCCGCAUGCUGAGGGAGAAGCUGCAGCAUAUCAGAGCCAAGGAGCUCUACCUGUGAAGAGGAGGCCCAGGGGGGCGAAGGGGGGAGAGGAGGUGGGCGGGACACAGCCCAGCACAGCUGUAAAGUGGGAGGAGGAGGAGAAGAAGAGGGACCACAGCACCUUCCUCCUGCCUGCCCAGCCUGUUGACCUGUGGGACUGCCAUACUGUGCCCCCUCCCCCGACCUCAGACGUCCUCCAGGCGCCCGGUUUUCCUGUUUGUGUUGUAUAGCUUUUGCCAGACAGUUUCCUCUUCUCUCGAUGGGCCACUGCUCUUUCCCCCUUCUAUACCUGCCGCUGCUCACUCGCUCUUUCUGUCGCUUCUCUCUUGGUCCAAGUUUCUCUUCUUCCUCUACCUGGAAGAUCCCUUUUCUUUCAUAUUUUUUCCUCCCCUCCUCCUCUCCUGAACAUGACAUUAACUGGAGGGGAGGCUGGCCUUUUCCUCCACGUUUGUCAGGUGCUCUUUCUUCUUCCCCUCGACCCUCCAUCAUUCCUGGAUCUCUGUAUCACCGUGUGGCUCUGCAUGAAUACAGCCCAGCUCUCUGUCAUUCCAUCCUUCCUUCUAUCCCUCCCUCCCUCUCUCCCCUCGGCAUGGUGUCAGGUGUGGGGCCUUCGCUUUGUGCCAAAGUGCCUCCAGUCUACAGAGCUCCAGACUUCCCUCCAGCACUUCUUUCAAUUGGACUGUUGUGGUUUGAUUUUUUUAAAUUACUUUUUUAAAGAAAUCUUUUUUUAUUGCUUUCUCUUUUUUUCAGGGAGGUUUAUCAAACUGUUUUUUUUUUUUUUUUUAGUGCUGUCUCCCCCACCUCCACCAUCAUCUGACUGGGUUUUUUUCCAAGUGUCCAUGAAGAGAACAUGAACAGGAAGAGAGAGGAUUUGGGGGCCAGUAUCAUGUUCGUCCUCCAACCAAUACAGCCUGGAGGUGUGUGUGGGGGGGUGGGGUGGCGGGGCAGGACAAUAACAGGAGGACAAGGGGGAGAGGCAGUUCACAAACAUGGUUGAUUCAUCAUACGUGGGCUUGUUUUUAUAUCAAAAUAUAUUUAAAGGAUUCAAAAAAAAAAAGGAACAAGGAAAAAACUGACUGUGGCGGAGAAUAAAAAAGGAGGACUUUUAGAAGCCAGGAGUCUCUUGGUGUGAGGAAUGUUCAGUGUCUCUGUGAACGCUGGGGUCGGGGUGGUGCAUGCUGUGUCUGAGAGGCCUUGGGUUCAACUGUCAGUGCUUUCAAUGUUCAUUGUUUUAUUAUGCUAUCAUGAUUAUGAAUAAAUCAUUCCAUCUGAACAGUGUGGAAACACCUGCAUCAUUA